AUGGAGAGAGAGUGCAGAGAGAGGGAGUGGGAGAGGAAGCAGAGGAGAGGAGAGAGUAUGAGGAGGAGAUUACGGGAGAGCGAGAGUGGGGAGGGACUAGCGAUUGAGCGGACGGGGGGGUGGGAGCGAUAGGGUUUAUUCUGCUAAGAAUUCGUGGAUGAGUGUAUGAUGAGCUGUGUUAUGUAGGGAGGUGGGGGGUAAGGAGUGAUUAUGUAGCGGAGGGAGGUGAGUUGGGUAGCUAGUGUUUCAGAUGCAUGUAUCGAUGCUACAUUUCAUUCACCACUGCUCUGCUCUACCUGUCCACCCGCUGUCUGCAUUUGGGGAUAUCUGGAGACAGUCACGCACAGGCUCAGAAACAUCUGUAGCCUUUCCUUAUGUAAAGGGCUUCUCUCUUUCUCUGUCUCUCUGGUUUAGUAACAGGUUUCUUGAGGAUACUGACAGACUGACAUCAAGAAUCUGCUAUUUUAUUUCUAUGACCUCUGACAUCAUGUUUGUAAAGAUUGUUGCUGUUUGACUUAUUGUUGGCAGAAGCUCCCUGAGAAACGCUGGUGAUGAUUUAUGAUGAUUUAUCAACCAGCAAAUGAGAGUGGUUCUAAUAUAUGUCUAAUACCUCUGACUAAGAGGGACUUUGCUCACGAUUGGUUGGUGUGAGAAGAGGGAACCACCUUGUGGUAUCCUGCAGGUGCUGGGGUCACAGUCCGGACACAGCAGGAUUAACCAAGGUUAAUCAGGGUUACGUCCCUAUCCUGUCCUCCAGCCGCCGUAGCAACUGGGAGAGAACUGUAAGCCCCCCUCAAUCUCGUUAUUGCCAGUCUUUAUACCAUGGUGCUUUUUCCAACAAACCAACACAGUACUAUGCUAUCACACUAUCUACACACUAGCAUACCAACUAUCAUCACGACUAUUACCCACCUAUCUAUAACACAUCUACCAACUAUCACACAUCUAUCAUACUAUCCUACCACACUAUCUUACCACCUUAUACCCACACACUACCAACACUAUCUAUAACACUAUCUACCACACUAUCUACCACACAUCUACAAACUACUACAACACAUCACCACACUAGCUAUAAAACUACAACACUAGAGCUAUAAAACUACUACCACACUAUCUACCAACAACUAUCAAAACACUUCUACCAACAACUAUCUGCCACACUAUCACACUAUCUACCACACUAUAUACCACACUAACAUCUACCACACUAUCUAUAACACUAUCUACCACACUAUCAACCACACUAUCUAUAACACUAUCUAUCACACUAUCUACCACACUAUAACACUAUAUCUAUCACAACACUAACACACCCAACUAUCAACCACAUAUCGACCACACUAGCACACAACAUAACACAUCACACUACAUACCAAACUAUCUACCACAACAUCUACUACAACAAACUACACCAACACUAUCUAUCACACUAACGAUCAAACAUCUAUCAAACAUCAUACCACUAUAUCACACUAUCUACCACACUAUCUAUCACACUAUCUACCACACUAUCACACUAUCUAUCACACUAUCACACUAUCUAUCACACUAUCUACCACACUAUCUACCACACUAUCACACUAUCUACCACACUAUCUACCACCUAUCUAUAACACUAUCUACACAACUAUCUACCACACACUACUCUACACACAUAUAUAUCACACUACUACCACACUAAUCUAUCACACUACUACCACACUAUCUACCACAACUAUCUACAAGACUACCACUAUCAACACACAAAUUCACAACAACUAUCUACACACUAUAUACCACACUAUAUACAACAACUAGAGACAACACACAAAGCUACAACACUAGCAACCUAAUCUAUCACACACAACACAUAUCACCAAACGUAUCUACACACUAAGCACAAACUAUCAAACAACUACAACAAAAUAUACUAUCUAACACUAUCUACCACACUACACCAACUAUCACCUAUCGAACCACACUAUCUAUCACACUAUCUAUCACACUAUCUACCACACUAUCACACUAUCUACCACACUAUCUACCACACUAUCUAUAACACUAUCUAUCACACUAUCUACCACACUAUCUAUCACACAAUCUACCACACUAUCUAUCACACUAUCUACCACACUAUCUACCACACUAUCUACCACACUAUCUAUCACACUAUCUACCACACUAUCUACCACACUAUCACACUCAUCUAUCACACUACUAUCCACACUAUCUAUCACACUAUCUAUCACACUAUCUACCACACUAUCACACUAUCUAUCACACUAUCUACCACACUAUCACACUAUAUAUCCCACUAUCACACUAUCACACUCUCUAUCACACUAUCUACCACCCUAUCUACCACACUAUCUAUCACACUAUCUACCACACUAUCUACCACACUAUCUACCACACUAUAUAUCACUGAGAGCAGCAGACCUGGAUUGAAAUCAUUUCAAAUACUUUAUCUGUGAUUGAUUGAGCUUGUCUUUCCUACUGGACCAAUAGAAUAGUCUCAGAACUGCACACCCAGACGAUCUGACACUCCAGACAGGCUAGAGCAAACGCUCUAAAUAUUUGAAAGACUUGAAAUAGUAGGACAGGAGAGCAAGUACAUAAUCUCAGUGAUUCUAUAUUACAUUAAUAGUUAUUACCCAGUUGAGUUCAUUAGUGGGAUGGAAGUUGUAAAGUUGCUCUAAUGUUGGACAUUAUGUCCUCAAGGGUUUUACGCUUUGCUUUGAGUGGUGGGUUUCUUGACUUAUUUCUCUCUCUUACAUUUCAUGUCAUAGAUCUAUUUUUAUAUUUUUCUGUGUAUAUUUGAUGUCUGUGCCAAUGGCAUUUUCCGGGAAAGUUAGUGGGCAGAAAUGUAUGCUCUUAGUUGAAACCAAACCUAUUCUAAAAUCACCGUGGCUGAAGCUCUCAAAGAAGCUCUCAAAUUAAACACUAUUUAAAAAGUGCAUUUAACAUGAAUGUCCCAACACACUAUACAGAAGAGAACAGCAGGUUGCUAACCAUUUCAACAACCUUUGCCACUGAGUUCUCUCUUUCCUGACCCAUUCUGUUUUGACCCCUCUCUCUCUCUCUCAUCCGCUCACUGUCUACAGUUUGAUUAUGACGAUUCUGUUUGUUUUUGUUAUUCUCUCUGGGAUGAUCAGUUUGUCUCCUUCCUCUUAACCAUUCUGCUCUUCUCUCUAGUUUGAUGUCGGGGCUGGCAGCUCUGGAUGCCAAGUGUUCCAGCCGCCUGGGCAUCAUGACCGUCUCCUACUACCUGUGGACCACCUUCGUGGCGGUGGUGGUGGGCAUCCUCAUGGUUACCAUCAUCCACCCCGGGGGCGCCGCCCAGAAGGAGGACAACGAGGACAGCGGCAAGCCAAUCAUGAGCUCCGCUGAUGCCCUGCUCGAUCUGAUUCGGUAAGAGACAGGAUGAAGAUCAUUAAAUUGACCUUUGACCUUUGUUGUUGUGUCCAAUGUAAUUUAAUUGUUUUAAAAUCAGCCUACAUUGAAGGUUCAAGGGUUUUUAUUAGUCAUGUGUGCGCUUAUGUCCGUGGGCCGUGUGCGUACUGUUUGUGUGUGUGUGUGUGUGUGCACUGUUUCUGUGUGUGUGUGUGUGUGUGUGUGUGUGUGUGUGUGUGUGUGCACUGUUUCUGUGUGUGUGUGUGUGUGUGUGCACUGUUUCUGUGUGUGUGUGUGUGUGUGUGCACUGUUUCUGUGUGUGUGUGUGUGUGCGUGUCUCUGUGUGUGUGAUCUGUGUGCGUGUAUGCGUGCGCGCGCGUGUGUCUGUUUGUCUGUGCUUAUGUUAAUGUGUUUGUGCGUUUGUACAGUAUAUGAAUGUGUAUGCCUGUGCAUGUGUGUUUAAUGUGGUGUGUAUGAAGAUUUGUGAUGUGCUUAGGUUUAAUUAGUGGCAUUGAGGUCAGGGUUUAGUUCUGAUCCCACAGGAUUUAGUUCCAAUAUCACAGGGUUUAGUUCUGAUCCCACAGGGUUUAGUCCUGAUCCACACAGGGUUUAGUUCUGAUCCACACAGGGUUUAGUUCUGAUCCCACAGGGGUUAGUUCUGAUCCCACAGGGUUUAGUUAUGAUCCACACAGGGUUUAGUUAUGAUCCCACAGGGUUUAGUUCUGAUCCCACAGGGUUUAGUUCUGAUCCCACAGGGUUUAGUUCUGAUCCCACAGAGUUUAGUUCUGAUCCACACAGGGUUUAGUUCUGAUCCUACAGGGUUUAGUUUUGAUCCCACAGGGGUUAGUUCUGAUCCCACAGGGUUUAGUUCUGAUCCCACAGGGUUUAGUUCUAAUCCCACAGGGUUUAGUCCUGAUCCACACAGGGUUUAGUUCUGAUCCCACAGGGUUUAGUUCUGAUCCCACAGGGUUUAGUUCUGAUCCCACAGGGUUUAGUUCUGAUCCCACAGAGUUUAGUUCUGAUCCACACAGGGUUUAGUUCUGAUCCUACAGGGUUUAGUUUUGAUCCCACAGGGUUUAGUUCUGAUCCCACAGAGUUUAGUUCUGAUCCACACAGGGGUUAGUUCUGAUCCACACAGGGUUUAGUUCUGAUCCCACAGGGGUUAGUUCUGAUCCACACAGGGUUUAGUUCUGAUCCUACAGGGUUUAGUUCUGAUCCCACAGGGUUUAGUUCUGAUCCCACAGAGUUUAGUUCUGAUCCCACAGGGUUUAGUUCUGAUCCCACAGAGUUUAGUUCUGAUCCCACAGGGUUUAGUUCUGAUCCCACAGGGUUUAGUUCUGAUCCCACAGAGUUUAGUUCUGAUCCACACAGGGCUUGAUUAGCCUGCUUUUCUCUCUGUCUCUCAUGGAUGGACCAACUGGAUGACUUCUGCAAUACUUGAAUACUCUAUAAUAUAGAGUUUUUAUUAAUAUUGUAGUUUUAAUCAAUAAUUUUUUUUUCAAACUAUCAAUCAACAAAUCAAUCACAUUUUAUUUAUACAGUGUAUUUUAUAAAUGUUGUGUAGGUAGCAUGUUGUUUAUGCGAAGGAGAUGUGUGAGGCAAAUGGUGGUCACACCAGAUACUGACUGGUUUUCUGAUCCACGUCGCUACCUUUAAAAAUAUAUAUAUCUGUAUUCCCAGCCGUGAAAUCCAUAGAUUAGGGCCUAAUGAAUUUAUUUGAAUUGAUUGAUUUCCUUAUAUGAACUGUAACUCAGUAAAAUCUUUGAAAUUGUUGCAUGUUGUGUUUAUAUUUUUGUUCAGUGCACAUACAAAUAGCCACAUACAGAUGUCAUGCAUAUGAUAAACGUCCUCCCUCUUCCCAUAUAGAGCUGGGAAGAGAGUUAAGUUCUAAGAUGUCCAUGUCAAAGACCGUAUUAUAACCUGUUAGAACUAUCAGAUAAGACCCUUUUAUAACAGCAACUAAGACUCCGUAUUAGAACUAGCAGAUAAGACCCUUUUAUAACAGCAACUAAGACUCCGUAUUAGAACUAGCAGAUAAGACCCUUUUAUAACAGCAACUAAGACUCCGUAUUAGAACUAGCAGAUAAGACCCUUUUAUAACAGCAACUAAGACUCCGUAUUAGAACUAGCAGAUAAGACCCUUUUAUAACAGCAACUAAGACUCCGUAUUAGAACUAGCAGAUAAUACCCUUUUAUAACAGCAACUAAGACUCCGUAUUAGAACUAGCAGAUAAGACCCUUUUAUAACAGCAACUAAGAAUCCUAUUAGAACUAACAGAUAAUACCCUUUUAUAACAGCAACUAAGACUCCUAUUAGAACUAACAGAUAAUACCCUUUUAUAACAGCAACUAAGACUCCUAUUAGAACUAGCAGUUAAGACUCGUGGCGUGGGGCAGCUGGGCCGAUUCGGUUGGCUAGCUGUUCUUCCCCACCUGUCGCCCAGGAAGGAGUGACUUUGCGUGGCCGCCUGGCCGCUCGCAUGUUCAUCCGGCUCUCCCUCCCUACCUUACUCUUCUCCCCUACUCUCAUCUUCCUGAGAGGCUGAGUACCAUAUGUCAGAGAGUCCUGGUCAAUGAGGGCCUAGGGUGGCUAGAGAAGGCUUAACCAAUGAGAGCAUGGCUAGAGAGCACAAUAUUGGCUCUGAUUAGAUAAAGUGCGUAUUUUGAUGGCUGGCUGCACAGAACCUGUAUGAGACCCUGUCCAUUGCCUGAGGUGUAAUUAGAGAGGCAUUGUCUAGUAUGAUAGCUGUGUUAGAUGCUAUGUACUCAGUCAGUGAGAUUGAUUUUUCUUACAUGCAAUCAUGCAAUUUGUUCAAAUCAGCACCGGAGCUUGAUAGUCAUUGGGGAGAAGACUGACGUCUUCCAAAUCCAAAAGACAUUAUGAUAAGAAUUAGAGCUGUUUGUAUGAUUUCAUCCAGGGCUAUUCAAUCAACUCCCUGACCAAUCAGUGAUAUUAAUUGACCAAUGAACUACUAAGUAGAACAUUUAAAAAGCAGUAGUUAAAUAUCAUUGGUCUAAUCCAUAAGCAGUAGUUAAAUAUCUAAUCCAGGGUUCUUCAAUUCCGGUCCUGGAGGGCCGAAACACUUCUGUUUUUUAUUUCUACCUGGUAGUUAAUUGCACUCACCUGGUGUCCCAGGUCUGAAUUAGCCCCUGAUUAGAAGGAGAGGAUGAAAAACAGAGGUGUUUCGGCCCUCCAGGACCGGAAUUGAAGAACCCUGGUCUAAUCCAUGCAUGUUUUAAGGCCUGCUGUGACUGUCUUAUUUUAGUAAACAUAGUACUACUGGUUUUACACAGGAAGUAGUUUCUGAAUAUUCACAAAAGGAUCCAAAGGAGACAAGUAGCGUAAAAAGAUGAUAAGUCAAGUUUUUGGAUGCGGUCAAGUUCUCCGACCCCUCACAUGGAACAUUAUGUGCUUCCAUGCCUAUUAUAAGACAAGUCUAGUCACUAGUCACAUAACAGAUUUUAACUUAAAGAUGCAGUUCGGGAUCUUAAGCACUUACAAAUUUGUAACAUAUUGAACGAAUUGGAAUUCGUAAAAACAUAUCAUACGAAUCUGAAAAAAAUAUAUAAAUAAAAUACAAUUUGGGGACCCGUUUUGACUCGUGAGCACAAAAUUGUGAACCAGGCUUUUCUAGUUUAUUUCUGAAACCAGUCUGCCGGCUCUAGAGUUGAACACUUUCCUGUAUUCUUCCCUUUCAGCAACAUGUUCCCGGCCAACUUGGUCCAGGCAACUUUCCAACAGGUAAGCGGGAUGACAUUAUCCUAUAUAUAGUGGAAAUGUAUCAGGUAACAGGUAAGCAGCAUGACAUUAUCCUAUAUAUAGUGGAAAUGUAUCCGGUAACAGGUAAGCAGCAUGACAUUAUCCUAUAUAUAGUGGAAAUGUAUCCGUUUCUGAAGAGUUUUAGGAGGAGUGGCGAAGCUCACUUAUUAUAUCAAUAAUAUAUUAAGUUCUAUCACUUCAUGUUGAUAACAGUAGGAGAUGAACGAGAUAAUAAGAUCUUUUUUAAUGGAAGUCUGUGUCCGUUUGACAAACCAAUUCACCAGACGUUUGGGUGGCAGUUAGUGACAGGAAUUAAUUAAAUACAGUAUCUUUAACAAAUUCCGACUCUCUGUUUCACACCUGUACCAUCCCCAUGUGUAGCUUGUGUACCUAUACGUAACAUGUUAGAUACUUCAGUGUGAUAUUAAUGUACAUGCAGCACACACACUGAGUGUACAAAACAUUAUGAACACCUGCUCUUUCCAUGUCGUGCAGCGUUGCAGUUCUUGACACAAACUGGUGCUCCUGGCACCUACUACCAUACCCCGUUCAAAGGCUCUUCAAUCUUUUGUCUUGCCCAUCCACCCUCUGAAUGGCACACGUACAACGAUCCCAUGUCUCAGUUGUCUCAAGGCUUAUAAAAUCCUUCUUUAACCCGUCUCCUCACCUUCAUCUACACUGAUUUGAAGUGGAUUUAACAAGUGACAUCAAUAAGGGAUCGUAGCUUUCACCUGGAUUCACCUGGUCAGUCUAUGUCAUUGGAAAGAGCGGGUGUUCUUAAUGUUUUGUCCACCCAGUGGUGUACUGAAUGUAUCUGGUCUGUUUAGUACCGUACCAGGAGUAUCCCCAUCAUUAAGACCCCUCCGCCCACGGUGACAGCCGCCCUGAUGGAGAGCACCACCCGGAGGGUCUAUAUCUACGGCGUCCAGGACGACAACGGAACAGACAUCCAGAACUUCUCCCUGGACCUGACGCCACCGCCCGACAUACCAGAUGCGCACGCUGCCCGGGACCAGCGACGGCAUGAAUGUCCUGGGGAUCGUCAUCUUCUCCGCCACCAUGGGUGAGUAACGUCACCACUGACCUCUGACCUCUAACCCUAACUCCCCAGACACUGUGUGAUGUCAUUAUGGAUGAGGGACAGUUCCACGAACACAUACACACACACACACACACACACACACACACCACACACACACACACACACACACACACACACCACAACACACAGACAUACACACUACAACACAACACACACGACAUACACAGACACACACAUACACACACAGACACACACACACACAGACGACACAUACGGACACAUACGGACACACACAGACACACACACAUACAACAAAAACACACAACAACACAACACACACACACACACACACACACACACAAACCAACACACACAACACCACAACCCACAACACACACCACACACAACAACACACACACAACAGACACACCACAAACCAACACACACACCAACAACCAACAACACACACAACAUACAACCCACACACAGACACAAACACACACAACACACACACAGACAACACACACACAAACACAACACACACACACCCACACACACCCACACACCACACACCUCACACACACACACACACACACACCACACAACACACACACACACACACACAUACAAACCCACCAAGGCACACUACCUUGUAGUAUCAUUACGGUUGACAGUAUCACCAUUGUCCCUGCCCUUCAGCCACAGCCUGAGUGACAGUUAACAUAAUUAACCUUUAAAUGACCCUUUUGUUCUCUCUUCAUUGUUGAUCAAUCCCUUUAGUAAAAACACAAACCUUUAGCAAAUCAGUCUGGCCCAUGGUGUCCAUGUUGUCUCAGUCUAACACAACAAUGUUGUUGACGUUGUUGUUGUUGUCUAGGUAUCAUGCUGGGUAGAAUGGGGCCUAACGGCAGCGCCCUGGUCAACUUCUGUCAGAGUUUAAACGAGGCUGUCCUGAAGAUUGUCGCCAUAGUGAUCUGGUAAGAGUUGUAGCUUAUGGGAAGAGCAACCCAAAGACAUGUCCUCUCAAUAACAUCGUAUUAGACAACAUGCUGAGAUAGUCAUGUGUGCGGGAGGGUCAACAAAAGAGCUCAUAUUCUAUUCUACCAAUAUUCAGCAAUGUUGUCAACUGCAGUCAAUCACCUGGGCUAGUCCAAGAACAAACCUGUCUCCCAUGAAAAAAAACAACAAAUAAAAACGAACUUCCUGGUCCAUUCCAGGUACUUCCCGUUCGGCAUUGUGUUCCUGGUGGCCGGUAAGAUCCUGGAGAUGGACGACCCGUCAGCCAUGGGGAAGAAGCUGGGUUUCUAUGCUAUCACCGUGGUGAUGGGGCUGAUCCUCCAUGGUCUCUUCAUCCUCCCUGCCAUGUACUUCUUCAUCACCAAGAAGAGCCCCAUCGUCUACAUCAGGGGCAUCCUGCAGGCCCUGCUCAUCUCCCUGGCAACUUCCUCCAGGUAAACAACAACAACAACAACCUACCUCUAACCCUAACCCUAACCCUAUCCUGCAGGCCCUGCUCAUCUCCCUGGCAACCUAGAUAUCAAUACCCCCUGUAUGUAUACAGCCUCCUUAUUGUUCUUUUAUUGUCUUACUUUUUUUCUUACUUUAGUUUAUUAUUAUUUUGGAUGUAUUUUUAGCAAAUACUUUCUUACUUACUGUUUUAGAAAUUCUGCAUUGUUGGUUAAGGGCUUGUAAGUAAGCAAUUCACGGUAAGGUCUACUGUACACCUGUUGUAUUCGGCUCAUGUGACAAAUACAAUUUGAUUUGAUUUGAUCAAAACAAUAUCCAGUGCCAAAUGAUUCUUCUCACCCACAGACAUCUACACUCAGCCGUAUACAUCGUCUCACACCUCUCCUCCUUCCUCCUCUCCUUCCUCUUCCACCUCUCCUUCCUCUUCCACCUAUCCUUCCACCUCUCCUCCUUCCUCCUCUCCUUCCUCUUCCACCUCUCCUUCCUCUUCCACCUCUCCUUCCAUCUCUCCUUCGUCCUUCGUCCUCCACCUCUCCUUCCAUCUCUCCUUCGUCCUUCGUCCUCCACCUCUCCUUCCUCCUCCACCUUCCUUCCUCCUCCACCUCUCCUUCCUCUCCCACCUCUCCUUCCUCUUCCACCUCUUCUUCCUCCUCCAAUAUCUCUUUCCUCCACCUUCCUUCCUCCUCCACCUCUCCUUCCUCUUCCACCUCUCCUUCCUCUUCCACCUCUCCUUCCUCUUCCACCUCUUCUUCCUCCUCCACCUCUCCUUCCAUCUCUCUUUCCUCCACCUUCCUUCCUUCCUCCUCCUCUCCGUCCUCAUCCACCUAUCCUUCCUCUUCCAUCUCUCCUUCCUUUUCCACCUCUCCUUCCACCUCUCCAUCCUCCUCCACCUCCCCUUCCUCUUCCACCUCUCCUUCCUCUUCCAUCUCUCCUUCCUCCUUCACCUCUCCUUCCUCUUCCAUCUCUCCUUCCUCUUCCACCUCUCCUUCCUCCUCCACCUCUACUUCCUCCUCCACCUCUCCUUCCAUCUCUCUUUCCUCCACGUUCCUUCCGCCUCCACCUCUCCUUCCUCAUCCACCUCUCCUUCCUCAUCCAUCUCUCCUUCCUCUUCCACCUCUCCUUCCUCCUCCACCUCUCCUUCCAUCUCUCCUUCCUCCACCUUCCUUGCUCCUCCACCUCUCCUACCACUUCCAUCUCUCCUUCCUCUUCCACCUCUCCUUCCUCCUCCAUCUCUCCUUCCACCUCUCCUUCCCCCUCCACCUCUCCUUCCUCUUCUACCUCUCCUUCCUCUUCCCCCUUCCUUCCUCUUCCACCUCUCCUUCCCCCUCCACCUCUCCUUCCUCUUCCACCUAUCCUUCCUCCUCCACCUCUCCUUCCACCUCUCCUUCCUCCUCCACCUCUCCUUCCAUCUCUCUUUCCUCCACCUCUCCUUCCUCUUCCACCUCUCCUUCCUCCUCCACCUCUCCUUCCUUUUCCACCUCUCCUUCCUCCUCCACCUCUCCUUCCACCUCUCCUUCCACCUCCACCUCUCCUUCCAUCUCUCUUUCCUCCACCUCUCCUUCCUCUUCCACCUCUUCUUCCUCUUCCACCUCUCCUUCCUCCUCCACCUCUCCUUCCAUCUCUCUUUCCUCCACCUUCCUUCCUCCUCCACCUCUCCUUCCUCUUCCACCUCUCCUUCCUCUUCCACCUCUCCUUCCUCUUCCACCUUCUCCUUCCUCCUCCACCUCUCCUUCCAUCUAUCCUUCCUCCUCCACCUUCCUUCCUAUUCCAUCUCUCCGCUCUGGUCAAACGUUGUGCACUAUGUAGGGAAUAGGGUGCCAUUUGGGACGCAACCCAAUGUCUCACUCUGAUAGUGUGUAAUGGCACACCACCCAUUGAGUGAUAUUAUCUCUUCAUUAGUCUCUGCUCCUCAGCUCCCCGGCUGUUGGACAGACAGGUUUAGAUUCGCCAGACGGGUCUGUGUCAGAGUAGACUCGGGUUCUGUCUCGCGUGUUAGGACAUAAUUGAGAAUUAUGGAGUAUCUGCAGUCAGGAUGUCCUUAAUCAGUGAAAUAUAUUUUAUAAACCCUUUUUACAUCAGCAGUUGUCACACAGUGGUCCUCUGUACCUCAAUUGGUAGAGCAUGGCGCUUGUAACGCCAGGGUAGUGGGUUUGAUCCACGGGACCACCCAUACCUAAAAAUUUAUGCACACAUGACUGUAAGUCGCUUUGGAUAAAAGCGUCUGCUAAAUGGCAUUAUUAUUAUUAUUAUUAUUACAGUGCUUUACAGAGCCUCCCACAGAAGAGAUAGAAGUGCUGUUUCUGUGUCAGUCUUCUAGUUCCUCGACUACCCAUAAUUAAACAUUGACAGCAGGAGUGGUGUGAAUGUAAUGAGAAUGAUGUGUCUUUCAAUGAAUCUUUCUGUUCUUGAAUGAAUCAUUGUCAUUUAAAUAAUAAAUAAGAGUCUGUCUCUUGAGUUUGGUUGAAUUCAAAUGAAAAAAUAUGAUCUUGAAUCACUACCCCUCCAACUGACUGUGUCUCGCUUGUCAUUAUUACACAUUAAAGCUAGAAUCCUUAAUUGAAAAAAUAACAAAGCGUAUUCCCCGCCCCUGUUUCGAUAAAAAGCUGAGGAAUGGGCUGGAGAAAUGUAACCGCUCUCAAAUUCAGACAGCACUAUGGAUGCAAGGACUGACCAUCCAUGAUAUCAAAUGUAUAGUUUUAACCAUGUUUUGAGGCUAUACAGUGUUUAUUUACAUUUACGUUGUUUACAAACAUUGGAGUAAAACAAGUUUAUAUUUUGGGUUCUGAUGUGGUAGGACAGUUGAACUAAAGCUCAUGAGGCAUUUCUAAGUUAUAUUCUUCUAGAAUCAAUGAUUAUGUAUCACUAAUUUAAAAGUCAGAAAAUGGAUGUAGCAACUAAGGAUUCUAGCUUCAAGGGAAGACAUUGAUAGAAAUUGAAGAACAGUUUUUUUCCCCCACGUGAUCUGCGUCACAAGGCGGUCCUCUGUUUGGCCCCUAUCCAGCUCUGAAGUGUACUACUUACUGAGGUAAUAGAGUUGAGAGCGUUGAAUGUAAUAAUAUAAAUACUAAACUAAAACUGAAUUUACUCCCCAGCUCUGCCACGCUGCCUAUCACCUUCAAGUGCCUCCUGGAGAACAACCACAUCGACCGACGCAUCAUCCGCUUCGUGCUCCCCGUGGGCGCCACAAUCAACAUGGAUGGGACAGCGCUCUACGAGGCCGUGGCAGCCAUCUUCAUCGCCCAGGUUAACAACUACGAGCUAGACUUCGGCCAGAUCAUAACUAUCAGGUAUGACGCCUAUAUAGCCUUUAUAUUAAAGGUAUGCAGCCUAUAUAGUCUUUAUAUUAAAGGUAUGCAGCCUAUAUAGCCUUUAUAGUAAAGGUAUGCAGCCUACAUAGUAUUUAUAGUAUAGGUAUGCAGCCUAUAUAGCCUUUAUAUUAAAGGUAUGCAGCCUACAUAGUCUUUAUAGUAUAGGUAUGCAGCCUAUAUAGUCUUUAUAUUAAAGGUAUGAUGCCUAUAUAGCCUUUAUAUUAAAGGUAUGCAGCCUAUAUAGUGUUUAUAUUAAAGGUAUGCAGCCUAUAUAGCCUUUAUAUUAAAGGUAUUUAGCCUACAUAGUCUUUAUAGUAUAGGUAUGCAGCCUAUAUAGCCUUUAUAUUAAAGGUAUGCAGCCUACAUAGACUUUAUAGUAUAGCUAUGCAGCCUAUAUAGCCUUUAUAUUAAAGGUAUGCAGCCUAUAUAGCCUUUAUAUUAAAGGUAUGCAGCCUACAUAGUCUUUAUAUUAAAGGUAUGCAGCCUAUAUAGCCUUUAUAUUAAAGGUAUGAUGCCUAUAUAGCCUUUAUAUUAAAGGUAUGCAGCCUAUAUAGUCUUUCUAUUAAAGGUAUGCAGCCUAUAUAGCCUUUAUAUUAAAGGUAUGCAGCCUAUAUAGCCUUUAUAGUAAAGGUAUGCAGCCUAUAUAGCCUUAGAAGGGAAGGUAAACAAAUUACUUGAAAGAGGGGUUUUAGUGUUUUAUGCCGGGAUUCAAUCCAAAACCUUGUUCGCGCUUGACAUUUAAAGGUUAUUUCCAAUUAAGCCGACAUCUGCAGCAUUAACUUGAAUGUGAUCUCCACUAACGCGGUAACAUUGCCUUUAAAAGCUGCAUUAUCUACAAGCGCGACUUGAUUGAACCCCGGCUUUAGUAUGAAAAGGGAUACAUGGGGCACCCCAAUUACAAAUGCAAACGGACUUAUUGAACACGUAGAAAGAAGUCAUAAUUAGAACAUGUGGCAUUAACAAACAGCCUGCCCACUGGGCAAGAACUGGUUGAAUCAACGUUUUCCCCCAAAAAUCUAUGUGAUGACGUUGAAUCAACGUGGAAAUCUGAUUGGAUUUUCAAAAAUUAAUCAACUAAGGGUAUUUCAUUUCAUUCAAUCAAUUAUUAACCUAAAUCCAAUGACAUGGUGACAUUUGCUGUUGAUUUCACGUUGAAUUCUUGUUAGUUGACAACUCAACCAAAUGUAAAUCAAAACUAGACGUUGAACUGACUUCUGUGCCCAGUGAGUGGACUUCCUGGUCAGAAACCCGGAAGUGGUUGUACUGGAAGCUCUAAUUACUGGAAUGGACCUGAAUUGAAAUGGGGUGAAAAACACAUGGAUUAUCAUAUUGAUUAUUGAUUGCUAAAUCAUCCAGUUAUGUAUAUUCCCUGUGGAAUUAUUUUGUCCAAAAUAGCGCCAUGGGUGCAACACAUCUGUAGCUUUGCGGUUUGUGAAGCACAGAAAUUAAUCUAGUGUUACAGUUUUGAGGAUGAAUUAAUGAAUAUUAUGAGAUUAUACUGAAUCAAGCACGUAGAUAAACGUAAAUGUGACAUGUGACUACUACGGCUUACUUUGCAAUGAUCUAUCCUGUAAACUAAAUCCUUAAAUCAGUGGUUAUUACAUAGCAGAGACAGACAGACAGGCAGUCAUCCCCCCGUAGACCUAUGGUGUAAAAUGGCCUUGCUCUCCCCUGAUUUAAUGACAUGUUAAACUGUAAUAACAUUAAGCAGACCUAUCCUAUCCUCCUCUACUCGUCACAGACUCCUGCUUUCCAAACGGCACCCUAUUCCCCAUAUAGUGCACUAGAGGGCUUUGGUCAAAAGUAGUGCACUUUAUGGGGAAUAGGGUACCGUUUGGGACGCGGGCCGACUUUGGCCAGGCAGGCAGUAAUCUCCUGGCAGUAAGACCCAUAUGACCUGUAUAACUCAGCUCUCUUGUCACGGCAGAAUUAUCAGGAGGGUUUUUAUAUUCUUUUGUAGCGUCCUGUUCUAUUCCCGUGACCUUUGGCUGUUUGUAGUGGAACGAUGGUCCAUCUGUAAUGUCCCCUUCCCCAGAGACUGUGUUAGAGUGUGUGUUCCAAAUGGCAUCCUGUUCUCUUUAGAGGGUCAAAAGUAGUGCAUUCUGGUCAGAAUUAGUGCACUAUAAAGGGAACAGGGUGCCAUUCAGGAUCCAGGCUGUUUGGUGUCAGAGUGUUCUCAGAGACAGAAACCGAGCCAUGUCAAAUGUCAAGCAGCUCUGUGUCCGUGUGGGGGGGGACGUACUGUGUCCGCCUGUGGGGGGACGUACUGUGUCCGUGUGGGGGGACGUUACUGCUGUCCGUGUGGGGGGACGUACUGUACGUGUGGGGGGACGUACGGUGUCCGUGUGGGGGGACGUACUCUGUCCGUGUGGGGGGACGUACUGUCCGUGUGGGGGGACGUAAUGUUCCGUGUGGGGAGUUACGCUGUCCAGGGGGGACGUACUGUCCGUGUGGGGGACGUACUUGUCCGUGUGGGGGGACGUUUGGUCCGUGUGGGGGGACGUACUUGUCCGUGUGGGGGGACGUACUGUGUCCGUGUGGGGGGACGUACUUGUCCGUGUGGGGGGACGUACUUGUCCGUGUGGGGGACUCUUGUCCGUGUGGGGGGACGUACUUGUCCGUGUGGGGGGACGUACUGUGUCCGUGUGGGGGGACGACUUGUCCGUGUGGGGGACGCUGUCGUGUGGACGUACUGUCCGUGUGGGGGGACGUACUGUCCGUGUGGGGGGACGUACUUGUCCGUGUGGGGGACGUACUGUCCGUGUGGGGGGACGUACUUGUCCGUGUGGGGGGACGUACUGUGUCGUGGGGGGACGUACUUGUCCGUGUGGGGGGACGUACUGUGUCCGUGUGGGGGGACGUACUGUGUCCGUGUGGGGGGACGUACUGUCCGUGUGGGGGGACGUACUGUCCGUGUGGGGGGACGUACUCUGUCCGUGUGGGGGGACGUACUGUGUCCGUGUGGGGGGACGUACUCUGUCCGUGUGGGGGGACGUACUGUCCGUGUGGGGGACGUACUUGUCCUGUGGGGGGACGUACUGGUCCGUGUGGGGGACGUACUGUCCUGUGGUCCGUGUGUGGGGGGACGUACUGUGUCCGUGGGGGGGACGUACUCUGUCCGUGUGGGGGGACGUACUUGUCCGUGUGGGGGGACGUACUUGUCCUGUGGGACGUGUCGUGGGGGGACGGGGUACGUGUGUCCGUUGGGGGGACGUACUGUGUCGUGUGGGGGGACGUACUGUGUCCGUGUGGGGGGACGUACUGUCCGUGUGGGGGACGUACUGUGUCCGUGUGGGGGGACGUACUGUGUCCGUGGGGGGACGUACUGUGUUCACGUGUGGGGGGACGUACUGUGUCCAUGUGGGGGAGUGGUGACGUACUUGUCCGUGUGGGGGACGUUGUGUCGUGUGGGGGGACGUACUGUGUCCGUGUGGGGACGUACGUGGGACUGUACUGUGUCCGUGUGGGGGGACGUACUGUGUCCGUGUGUGGGCGGGUGGGGGACGUACUGUGUCCGUGUGGGGGGACGUACUUGUCCAUGUGGGGGGACGUACUGUCCGUGUGGGGGGACGUACUUGUCCUGUGGGGGGAGUACUGUGCGUGUACUCUGUCGUGUUGUCCGUGGGGGGACGUACUUGUCCGUGUGGGGGGACGUACUGUUCCGUGUGGGGGGACGUACUGUCCGUGUGGGGGGACGUACUGUGUCCGUGUGGGGGGACGUGCCUCGUAGGUCCGUGUGGGGGGACGUACUGUUCCGUGUGGGGGACGUACUGUUCGUGUACUGUACUGUGUCGUGUGGGGGGACGUACUGUGUCCGUGUGGGGGGACGUACUGUCCGUGUGGGGGGACGUACUCUGUCCGUGUGGGGGGACGUACUGUGUCCGUGUGGGGGGACGUACUGUGUCCGUGUGGGGGACGUACUGUGUCCGUGUGGGGGGACGUACUGUGUCCGUGUGGUGGGGACGUACUGUGUCCUGUGUGGGGGGGACGUACUGUGUCCGUGUGGGGGGACGUACUGUGUCCGUGUGGGGGGACGUACUGUGUCCGUGUGGGGGACGUACUGUGUGUCCGUUGGGGGAGUACUUGUCCGUGUGGGGGACGUACUGUGUCCGUGUGGGGGGAGUACUGUGUCCUGUGGGGGGACGUACUGUCGUGUGGGGGGGACGUACUGUCUGUGGGGGGACGUACUGUCGUGUGGGGGACGUACUGUGUCCGUGUGGGGGGACGUACUGUGUCCGUGUGGGGGGUACUGUGUAUGUGUCCGUGUGGGCGUACGUACUGUGUACCGUGUGGGGGACGUACUGUCCUGUGGGGGAGUACGUGUCGUGUGGGGGACGUACUGUCCGUGUGUGGGGGACGUACUGUGUCCGUGUGGGGGGACGUACUGUGUCCUGUGUGACUCUGUCCGUGUGGGGGGACGUACUGUCCGUGUGGGGGGACGUACUUGUCCUGUGGGGACGUACUUCCGUGUGGGGGGACGUACUGUGUCCUGUGGGGGACGUACUGUGUCCGUGUGGGGGGACGUACUGUGUCCGUGUGGGGGGACGUACUGUGUCCGUGUGGGGGGACGUACUGUGUCCGUGUGGGGGGACGUACUUGUCCGUGUGGGGGAGUACUGUCCGUGUGGGGGACUACUGUCCGUGUGGGGGGACGUACUGUGUCCGUGUGGGGGACGAUGUACCUGUGGUCCUCUGUCGUGGGGGGACGUACUGUCCUGUGUGUCUGUCGUGGGGGGACGUACUGUGUCCUGUGGGGGGACGUACUGUGUCCGUGUGGGGGACGUACUGUCGUCCGUGUGGGGGACGUACUGGUCCGUGUGGGGGACUACUGUCCGUGUGGGGGGACGUACUGUGUCCGUGUGGGGGGAUGUACUUGUCCGUGUGGGGGUGACGUACUGUCCAUGUGUGGGGGACGUACUGUGUCCAUGUGGGGGGAACUAUGUUCGUGUGGGGGGAGUACUGUGUCCGUGUGGGGAGGACGUACUUGUCCUGUGGGGGGACGUACUUGUCCGUAUGGGGGGGACGUACUGUGGUCCGUGUGGGGGGAGUAACUGUCCGUGUGGGGGACGUACUGUCCAUGUGGGGGGAAUACUGUGUCCGUGUGGUGGGGAUCUACUGGUCGAUGUGGGGGGACGUACUGUGUCCUGUACUGUGUACUGUCGUAGUGCUGUGGGUAGUCAAGGUCCGAUUGUGGGAAUGUCACUCUACUAACUUCCAUGUGGAGGGACGUACUGUAUCUUGGUGGGAAUCUGUACUUGUCAAUGUGGGGGAAAACAUGUCUAUGUCGUACUGUGGGGAGUGAUAUGUUGGCGAUGGUACUUGGGUGUACUGUCAUGUGGGGCGACGACUCGUCACGUGUGGGGGGACAUAUACUGUAUUGUUGAGAUCUGUGUACAGUGGGGUGUGAUUACGGUACAGUGGUGAAUGUACGUAUGUAUUGGUAACUGCUUAGACCAGAUUUCGAACGUACUUGCUCGUGUACAUUGACUGUCGUUGGGGGACGUACUGCUAUGUGAGGUCUACUCUGUCCUAGUGCAGGACAUAGACUGUCCAUGUGGGACGUAUGCAUGUCCUGAGGGGAUAGUAUUGUAUACGUACUUUGUUUACUACAUGUGUUGGGGGAAUACUGUCAGUAUGGGAAUGUAUGCGUUGGACGAGGUGUCAUUUGUGUGCACAAAUGUUAUUAGGGAAAAAAAAGACAGGUCUCACUAUGUCAUUGCUCGUCCGUGGUUCAGGAGCCUGGGGAUACUGGAUGGAGAGAUGUGCCACGGAGACAUGGUCCAAUGUACACAAGAACUGGAAGCUUUCAAGGGAUCAAGAUGUAGAAUAGUUGUUUCUUGGUACAGGAGUAAUGGGCAUAACUUGGACGAAUGUUUGACACCCCUGGUUUGUAGGUACCCGUUUUUUACCCGCACAGCAGAUGCAACAAAACGCGGAGACCAAGAAACCAAUGAUUUCAGAGCCUCACUGUCUUUCUUCACUCACUCUCUCGCUCUCUCUUUUCUGUCCCUCAUGGACUGUGUCCCAAAUAGCACCCUAUUCCCUAUGCAGUUCACUACUUUUGACCAGAGCCCAGUAGUGAACUAAAUAUGGAAUAGGGUGCCAUUUGGGAUGCAACAUGGUCAAUAGCCUACAAUACAAUCAACUAGAGGGUUAUCAUCCAUAUAUUUAUAUAUUCUUAAUUCCAUUGCUUUACUUAGAUUUGUGUGUAUUGGGUACAUGUUGUGAAAUUGUUAGAUAUUACUUGUUAGAUAUUACUGCACUUUCGGAGCUAGAAACACAAGCAUUUCGCUACACCCGCAAUAACAUCUGCUAAAAAUGUGUACGUGACCUAUAAAAUAUGAUUUGAUUUGAUUUGUACUGAGGCAUCAUUUGAAAGGUGUUGGACACAGUACAGAUCUGCAAUAAUCCAGUCAAGGUCACUAAUACCAUUUCCUCUUUCGUUCCCAGUAUCACAGCUACGGCGGCCAGUAUUGGUGCAGCUGGAAUCCCGCAGGCCGGAUUGGUCACCAUGGUGAUCGUGUUAACCUCGGUGGGCCUGCCCACUGAUGACAUCACUCUUAUCAUCGCUGUGGAUUGGGCGUUGUAAGUAUAGUUUGUAUUCUCCUUGGUUAGUCUUAUUAAUGCUUAUACAUAUAGCAAUAAAGGUUAUGGGGUUGAUAAGAUUAAACCAAAAUAAAGUAGGUCAUAUUUUACAGGGUAAAAUGUUAUUGACGUUUUACUGAGACAUUAUGACAAGGUGAUUUUCAAAUAUAUAACAAAGUGAUGUCAAUAUGCCACAAAAACAUUGCUACUGUAAUUGUAUAGUGUUGUGUCUCACAAGACUACUAGUGUAGACUGCAGCUCCAGAGCCAGCGCACCACAGAGCCUCCCAACACCACCAAGGCAGCUGAACUUCCAUUUUGUGUUCCAGGGACCGUUUCAGGACCAUGGUCAACGUGAUGGGAGAUGCCCUGGCCACGGGGAUCAUGGCUCACAUCUGUAGAAAAGACUUUGUCAAGGAAGGAGAGCAGGUGAGAGAAACACGCUCACAUGUCAUCACAAUGCCUGCCAGACACUCUCAAGUCCCUCAACAUUAGAAACGUUCCAUUCAAGGGAGUUUUAUUUCCGUUGUGUACAGCGAAUUGACUGAGGAGUGGUAACUGGGCAGAACCUUGGAGAAUGUGACACUGUUUGUAGUACGUACCGCAGUAGAAAACUUAUACAAAAGCCGAGAAGAGACCCAAACAUUUAUUUGCCACCUAUCAACCAAUCUCUCUGUUAAAUAUAGAUAUUACAAUUCUUACUAGCAGUUCUGUCACCCAAUCUCUCUGUUAAAUACAGAUAUUACAAUUCUUACUAGCAGUUCUGUCACCCAAUCUCUCUGUUGAAUACAGAUAUUACAAUUCUUACUAGCAGUUCUGUCACCCAAUCUCUCUGUUAAAUACAGAUAUUACAAUUCUUACUAGCAGUUCUGUCACCCAAUCUCUCUGUUAAAUACAGAUAUUACAAUUCUUACUAGCAGUUAUGUCACCCAAUCUCUCUGUUGAAUACAGAUAUUACAAUUCUUACUAGCAGUUCUGUCACCCAAUCUCUCUGUUGAAUACAGAUAUUACAAUUCUUACUAGCAGUUCUGUCACCCAAUCUCUCUGUUAAAUACAGAUAUUACAAUUCUUACUAGCAGUUCUGUCACCCAAUCUCUCUGUUGAAUACAGAUAUUACAAUUCUUACUAGCAGUUUCUGUCACCCAAUCUCUCUGUUAAAUACAGAUAUUACAAUUCUUACUAGCAGUUCUGUCACCCAAUCUCUCUGUUGAAUACAGAUAUUACAAUUCUUACUAGCAGUUCUGUCACCCAAUCUCUCUGUUAAAUACAGAUAUUACAAUUCUUACUAGCAGUUCUGUCACCCAAUCUCUCUGUUGAAUACAGAUAUUACAAUUCUUACUAGCAGUUCUGUCACCCAAUCUCUCUGUUAAAUACAGAUAUUACAAUUCUUACUAGCAGUUCUGUCACCCAAUCUCUCUGUUGAAUACAGAUAUUACAAUUCUUACUAGCAGUUCUGUCACCCAAUCUCUCUGUUGAAUACAGAUAUUACAAUUCUUACUAGCAGUUCUGUCACCCAAUCUCUCUGUUGAAUACAGAUAUUACAAUUCUUACUAGCAGUUCUGUCACCCAAUCUCUCUGUUGAAUACAGAUACUAUAUGGUUCCUAUUGUUCACUCUCUCUGCUAAAUGCACAAUAAAGUCUAUCGUUCCCAUUAUAUUCAAAAACAAUCACACAAAGUUCAUUAGGUUUUGACCAUCUUACUCUAAUAUUUAUGAGCUUCUCAAUUAUAUUUGCACUCCAUCUCACUCAACUAAUCCUGAUGAUUUUCCUCAUUUCUCUGUACGCAAAACAAACCUCUGAUGCUGUAGUCGGAUCCUGGGCUAUCUAUUUGUUUAGCAUAGUAUGCUGGAAACACUCGGUUUGUCAUUUUUUAUUAAAACAAAACAUCUACUGAUUCUUAAAUUACGAAUACUGAAACUUUUUUGUGGAUUUCGCGACCGUUGCUGUUAAUAACAGUAGGUACCUCUAUUUUGUACCAGAUCUCCGUUAACAGAAGUUGAAGCUUCUUACAGAGACGUCAACUCUACUCUCAAGUUAUACGAAGUUGGUACCAGUGAGUUUUGCAAUGGCCUCUUCGCUCUGAGAAAUGAAAUAACGUCAUCGCUGUGCAUGUUAUCACACCUUGUUCGGACACAACCGGUCAUUCAGAGUUUGACAAUCGCCAAUUUUAGCUUGCCGAGAUUAUAGGUUGAUGCAUCUCCUCUAAUCCGAGGAUUUCCCAUUGCCUUACGCAAAAAACCUGGGAAUGCGUAGUGGAUGGCAUUAAUUUUUACGCUCGGUUGCUGGACCACUUCGCGUUUGUCAUUUUUUUGAACCGCAUCUAUCGACUGCUUGUGUUUUGUUGGUUUCGCGACGCGGUUGUUUACGCUAGGCGCUUUUUUCCAGAAUCCCGCUUAACAGACAGGUUGAAGCGUGCUUGACAGAGACGCUAAGCUGCUAGCCAUCAAGCUAACGAAGUUGGUACCAGAUGAGUUUUGCAAUGGAGCCCUCUUCGCCUGGAGAAAUAAAUUAACCGUUCCAGCGCUGUAGGAUGUGUAUCUACUACGCUUUGUUUCGGGACAAACCGGAUCACUCAGAGUUCCAAUGCGGCAAUUGUUUGCUUGCCGAGGAUUAUAGGCUUGAGGUGGCUUCCUUGAUCACGCAGGUCGCCAGCCUACGUAAGAAACUGGGGAAAAUGCAGAGUGGAAUGUUAACAUUUUAUACGCCGGUGGCUGGACGGCAUUCGCGCUUGUUGGACGCAUCUUCGCCUUGUCGUUUGUCGUUAUCCGACUGGCCGGUGUUGCCAGGCGCUCCCCCAUCUGAUAGCGGAGUCGAAGGAGCACAGCAUGAGCAGCAAGGCAAUUAAUGAUGGUCGCAUGUCACGAGCCGUGGAAGCCGAAGAGCCUCCCGCAAAGCAGUCUACACUCCCAACGACAAGCCCGGAGUGGAUACAAACAACAAAUAGCUCAACGGGCUGUUUUGUUAGAAUUCAGUGCGGCUUUUGACAUUAUCGAUCAUAGUCUGCUGCUGGAAAAACAUUAUGGCUUUACACCCCCUGCUAUAUUGUGGAUAAAGAGUUACCUGUCUAACAGAACACAGAGGGUGUUCUAUAAUGGAAGCCUCUCCAACAUAAUCCAGGUAGAAUCAGGAAUUCCCCAGGGCAGCUGUCUAGGCCCCUUACUUUUUUCAAUCUUUACUAAUGACAUGGCUUUGAGUAAAGCCAGUGUGUCUAUGUAUGCGGAUGACUCAACACUAUACACGUCAGCUACUACAGCGACUGAAAUGACUGCAACACUUAACAAAGAGCUGCAGUUUGUUUCAGAGUGUGUGGCAAGGAAUAUUUCUAUAACUAAAAGCAUUGUAUUUGGGACAAAUCAUUCACUAAACCCUAAACCUCAACUAAAUAUUGUAAUAAAUAAUGUGGAAAUUGAGCAAGUUGAUGUGACUAAGCUGUUUGGAGUAACCCUGGAUUGUAAACUGUCAUGGUCAAAACAUAUUGAUACAACAGGAGCUAAGAUGGGGAGAAGUAUGUCCAUAAUUAUGCGCUGCUCUACCUUCUUAACAACACUAUCAACAAGGCAGGUCCUACUAGUUUUGUCGCACCUGGACUACUGUUCAGUCGUGUGGUCAGGUGCCACAAAGAGGGACUUAGGAAAAUUGCAAUUGGCUCAGAACAGGGCAGCAUGGCUGGCCCUUGGAUGUACACAGAGAGCAAACAUUAAGUGGCUCAAAGUGGAGGAGAGAUUGAGUUCAUCACUACUUGUAUUUAUGAGAGGUAUUGACAUGUUGAAAGCACUGAGCUGUCUGUUUGAGCUGCUGGUGCACAGCUCGGACACAAUUACAUUUUAGUCAUUUAGCAGACGCUCUUAUCCAGAGCGACUUACAGUUAGUGAGUGCAUACAUUAUAUUUUUAUUUUUCACACUGGCCCCCCGUGGGAAUUGAACCCACAACCCUGGCGUUGCAAACGCCAUGCUCUACCAAUUGAGCUACAUCCCUGCCGGCCAUUCCCUCCCCAUACCCUGGACGACACUGGGCCAAUUGUGCGCCGCCCCAUGGGUCUCCCGGUCGCGGCCGGCUACGACAGAGCCUGGAUUCGAACCAGGAUCUCUAGUGGCACAGCUAGCACUGCGUUGCAGUUCCUUAGACCACUGUGCCACUCGGGAGGACACCCAUGCAUACCCCACAAGAUAUGCCACCAGAGGUCUCUUCACAGUCUCCAAGUCCAGAACAGACUAUGGGAGGCGCACAGUACUACAUAGAGCCAUGUCUACAUGGAACUCUAUUCCACAUCAAGUAGCUGCUGUAAGCAGUAAAAUUUAAAAACCAGAUAUAAAUACACCUGUGAAGCAACACAAACAUAGGCACAGACACAUGGUCUAUUAAGAAAUGUUGUUAUGAGAUUAAAGAACAUUAAAACAAAGCUUCAAUUGCAACUUAUAUCCACGUGUGAGCGCUGGCCUUUUCAUUUUGGGUUUCCUAUUCUCCAUUGUGGCCCUCAGGUGCCUCUGAUAUGAUCGUUUCUCUGGACGCAGAAAAACUAUUUUGAUCCAAUAGUCAGAUCCAAGGCCAUCUAUUUGUUUUGCAUAGGGAAUACGUUGCUUUGGCACAUAUUCAGGUAUUGGUUCCUUCUUCUACCCUCCUGCAGGUGCCUCUGAUCUGCGAGACCAAGCCCAUGAUCAGCAUCCAGCAGAUGAUGACGUACCAGAAGAACGGUGGGUACCAGCCUCCCUGCGGCCCGGGGGUCCCCGGGAGCCCAGACGUGGCCCGUCUGGUGCAGCUGGAGGAGGGGGUUCGGCCGGAGCAGAGGAAGAGGAACCCCCACGCGCCCCAACCCAAGAGGGACUACAAGGACAAGGACCACUGCUCCAUCGACAUGAACGGCCUGGAGACUAA